GCGUGCUCGUUCGCGUGGAUGGGAAGUUGGGGAAGAUGGACAGGGUCUCGCUGGCGUGGAUCGCUCUCCUGUGGCUGACAGGCCUGGCGCAUGGUCUCCAGGUCACAGUGCCCGACAAGAAGAAGGUGGCCAUGCUCUUCCAGCCCACGCUGCUCCGCUGCCACUUCUCCACGUCCUCCCGCCAGCCCGCUGUCGUGCAGUGGAAGUUCAAGUCCUACUGCCAGGAUCGCAUGGGGGAGUCCUUGGGCAUGUCCUCGCCCCGGGCCCAGCCUCUCAGCAAGAGAAACCUGGAAUGGGACCCCUACUUGGACUGCCUGGACAGCAGGAGGACUGUCCGAGUGGUCGCUUCCAAACAGGGCUCGACUGUCACCCUGGGAGAUUUCUACAGGGGAAGAGAGGUCACGAUCGUCCAUGAUGCAGAUCUCCAAAUUGGAAAACUCAUGUGGGGAGACAGCGGACUCUAUUACUGUAUUAUCACCACCCCCGAUGACCUGGAGGGCAAAAAUGAGGACUCGGUGGAGCUGCUGGUGUUGGGCAGGACAGGGCUGCUUGCUGAUCUCUUGCCCAGUUUUGCUGUGGAGAUUAUGCCAGAGUGGGUGUUUGUCGGCCUGGUGAUCCUGGGAGCCUUCCUGUUCUUCGUCCUGGUGGGCAUCUGCUGGUGCCAGUGCUGCCCACACAGCUGCUGCUGCUACGUCCGCUGCCCCUGCUGCCCGGACUCCUGCUGCUGCCCUCAGGCCUUGUAUGAAGCAGGGAAAGCAGCCAAGGCCGGGUACCCUCCCUCUGUGUCCUGUGUCCCUGGCCCCUACUCCAUCCCCUCUGUCCCCCUGAGAGGCGCCCCCUCAUCGGGCAUGCUGAUGGACAAGCCGCACCCACCUCCACUCCAGAGGUCAGGAAAUAGCAGCGGUUCCCGCUCCCUUCGCAAAGGUUACCGGAUCCAAGCGGACAAGGAGCGGGACUCCAUGAAGGUCCUGUACUACGUCGAGAAGGAGCUGGCCCAGUUCGAUCCAGCCCGAAGGCUGAGAGGCCGCUAUAACAACACCAUCUCAGAACUCAGCUCCCUACACGAGGACGAUGGCAGUUUCCGCCAGUCUUACCAUCAGAUGCGAAGCAAGCAGUUCCCUGUGUCCCGGGACUUGGAGAGCAAUGCCGACUACUGGUCAGGUGUCAUGGGAGGCGGCAGCGGGGCAAGCCGGGGGCCCUCCGCCGUGGAGUAUAACAGGGAGGACCGCGACAGCUUCAGGCUCAGAAUGACUUUCCAACCAGGAUGUCCCUGGUGGUUUGAUGUUUGUUGGGGACAUCUCUCUGGACGGCGAGAAAUCUGAAGUGGACGAUGGGGACAAGACAAAUCCAGGAGCCAGUAGGCCCAGGACCUUCUCCGGCCACCACCUUGGAAGGUUUGCUGAUCUUUGCUUUGGCAAGGGAUGGGGGCAGCCUGAGCGAGGCGCAUUCCAAACCUCAGGGCCCAUCUGACUCGUGUGGGAAACAUCAUGGAAAUGUCUGCGUGUAAGAACAUCCCCACACCUGCAGCUUCUCGCCCCGUCUCCUCAGCCGAAGCAGGAUUCUUUUCCAAGUCUGACGGAGUGAGCUCGGGACUGCUAAUCUCCGGAAAGGCUCUGCCUGCAGCCUGCAUUUCUGCGCUGAGGGAAGAAUGUGUUACUGCUAUUAGGCCUUCUGCUGGCAGCGGAAGAUAGCUCCAGGCUAAAUAGACCUUUAUUCCCAUCACCUCCUAGUCACUAGUCAGUGACUGUUGUUACACUAAAGUCAGAAGCCUCUAGUGAGCUCGGUGACAGUGACCUGCUGGACAGUCACAGAAAUGGCUUCAAUUUGCUGAUCUGAAUGGCAGCUCUUGAGUGGCCGGGACAGUGCGGAAGAGAGGAUAUACCUGUGUGAGAAGCUGUCCGAGUUACGGUAUUUCUUUGUCCCUUCCGAGAACAUAAGCUGCUUUUUCUCUUUCUGCUGCGCGCAGCUGAGUCUGGACCAUGAGGGCUCUGUCUUCCCGCCCCUGACGUGCCACAGGCUGGGGCCACACGCAGCCGUCUCCCUCCCCGUUCCGAUCCGAUUAGGUUGUCAUCAGGUGCCCUUGGAUGAAUGCUUCGAGUACACACAUGAAAGAGAAGAGGGCCCCGCCGGGUGUGGCUCAGCGGUUGCGCAUC